CGUUGUCAUUCUUGUCAUUCUGACUCCUGCAGUAAUAUAUUACUUGGACAGUCACGAUCAAACUGUUUUCUUCCAUUUCUCGUCUUUCCCACAGGGGAAUCAGUCUCUUUGGUCGUCGCGCCAUGAGUACUCAGGAUCUAUUCCAGAAUCCCAAAGUCCGUAACCAGGAUUCUCAGCUCAUAUCUGACCUUGCCUCUCUUGCAACAAAGAAACCGAAACUCGUCAACUCAACUGUCUACGAUGCACCUGCAGAUCCAACAAUCAAGGUGCGAAGCUGGAAAAUGAAUGAAUACAAGUACUACGAUGUUCCUUCUCCCUUUCCUUCUCUUGUUCGCGGCAUCUUCUCGGUGGAUCUCCCGGAAAACAGGCAUCGGAUUGUAGCAAGAGGCUAUGACAAGUUCUUCAACAUUGGAGAGGUUCCUUGGACAACGUGGGAUGCCUUGGAGAAACAUACAAGGGCACCGUACCUGCUUUCACUCAAGUCGAACGGCUGUAUCAUCUUCAUUGCGGCACUUACUCCUUCAAAGCUUCUAAUCACAUCCAAGCAUUCUAUCGGCAAGGUUGGAAACUCCGAGAAAAGUCAUGCAGAAGUUGGUGAAGUCUGGUUGUCCAAGUACCUUGCACAGAAGGGUCGUACCGAGGCCGAUCUUGCAAAGAGGCUAUGGGACAGCAACUGGACUGCUGUGGCAGAGCUCUGCGAUGACUCAUUUGAAGAACAUGUCUUACCAUACCCACCAGAGCUAACCGGUCUUCAUCUUCACGGAAUUAAUGAAUCCACAAAAGGCUUCAGGACGAUGCACCAGGAUGUCGUUGAUACAUUUGCUGACGAAUGGGGUUUCAUCAAAACACUCUCGACGACUUUGAACUCCAUUGAAGAGGUACGGACAUUCACUGACUCGGUCUCAAGAGCGGGCCAUUGGGAAGGUCAAGCAGUGGAAGGAUUCGUGGUCCGUACACACAUUCGUGAACUACCCAACAAUGAUCGGCCAAGAGAUGCUCCUCCAUACGCCGCUGGAUCUACUUUCUUUUUUAAAGUCAAAUUCGACGAGCCCUACAUGAUUCGCUACCCUAUAUCCAAGAUGAAGCGACCGGAAACCAAGCAGUAUGUUCAUUGGGUCAUCAACGAGAUCAAACGCGACAGGAAACAGUUCGCCCAGUUUGGAAAGGGAAAGGGAAUCAUUGCUACGCGGGAACGGUUUUUGGCCUGGAUGGAGCUUAACAAGAACAAACCAGAGUCUCGCCCUGCGUCGCCAACCGCCAAACAGUUUGGAAAGACUGUUAUUGUUCCAGUGGCAAUCCCUGGUUGUGGGAAAACAGCGGUUGCCGUUGCUCUGGCUCACAUCUUUGGAUUCGGUCACACCCAAAGCGACGAUGUGCGUGCCAAAAAGGCUGCCCCAGUCUUCUUGAAGAACGUCACUGCCUUGCUCAAGAAGCACUACGUUGUCAUAGCCGACAAGAACAACCAUCUGCGCCAGCAUCGUGACGGUCUUCGUGAGGCUCUAUCACGCUUCUCUCCUCCUGUCCGUCUCGUCGCGCUCAAUUGGAGCUGGGCUCUUUCACUGAAACCGCCUUCGACGAUCCAUCGUAUCUGUGGCGACCGGAUCCUACUUCGUGGGGAUAAACAUCAAAGUCUACACGGGGACAGCCAGACGAAAUCGCACGAAGAGGUUAUUUGGCAAUUCAUCAAUAACACCCAGGAACUAUCAGAGAGCGAAGUGGACGCAUGCAUCAAUAUGGAGAUCGAAGACACUAUGGAGCAGGCAGUGGCGAGAGCAGUAGAAGGAUGUGUCAAGGUCCUUGGAUUGGAGCAGCCAAGUCAGGAGAAGAUCGACGAAGGACUGCAAGUGGCACUAGGAUACGAACCCAAGUCGACGAAAUCGGGUCCCAAGAAGGUGGAAGAGAAGAAACAGCCACCUAUACGGUAUUUCGGGCUAGUGGUGGAGGUCAAUCUUCCUGAGGCGCUUGAGAGCAAGUUGCCGGACGAUGGAUUUUGGACACAGCUCAAAGACGGUGGACGGGUGGCGAAGCGACCGCACGUAACUAUUGUCCAUCAAAAGUCUUUGCCGGCAGAGACGGCACUCUGGGAACGAUGCAUGGCUCUUCACCAACUUGGCGUGCCUCCGACAUUUGAGCUCAAGCUUGGUAACGUCGUUUGGAAUGAGAGAAUUAUGGCCGUCUCAGUUGAUGACCUGAAGGUUGUCAAUGAGGGAGAUGGGGGACAGAAAGGAACCGAAUUUCUGGAGCAGCUGGCUGAGGAUGUCAAGGGCCGACUGCAUAUUACUGUUGGGACGCGAGACGACAAGGUCCCUCCUGUGGAAGCAAAGGACUUGGGAUCUUCGACGCCCGAGGUCAAGUCGGUGGUUCUGGAAGGAGUCAUGGUAAGAGGCAGAAUAAAAGUAACCCCAUUUGUUAGAAGCUGA